AUGGCAGUACAGCACAAAGUAUCAGAUAUCGGUUUGGCAGAGUGGGGGAGGAAGACGAUCGACAUUGCUGAAAAUGAAAUGCCUGGGCUGAUGUACCUAAGAGAGAAGUACGGAGCAUCACAGACACUAUCCGGAGCUAGGAUCGGAGUGUGCAUGAGUGUUACAAUCCAGACUGCUGUCCUGGUGGAAACACUCACGGCACUCGGGGCCAGGGUCAGGUUGUGUUCCUGCAACCCUAUGAGCAGCCAGGAUCAUGCAGCUGCAGCUCUUGCCGCAGCAGGGAUUCCUACGUUUGCUUGGAAAGGUGAAACUGAAGAGGAAUUUAGAUGGUGCAUUACCCAGGCAAUUAACUUCGGAGAAGAGAAUCCUAUGAACAUGAUAAUGGACGAUGGAGGAGAACUGACAGGGAUAACCAUGAUAACUAGACCGGACAUCUGGGCGGAGAUUAAGGGAAUCAGUGAAGAGACAGCCACAGGAAUACACAGGUUAGAUAAACUGAAUAGAUCGGGAGAACUACAUAUUCCAGCUAUCAAUGUUAACUACAGUGUUACUAAAAGCAAGUUCGACAACUUAUACGGUUGCAGGGAAAGCCUAGUGGACGGUAUUAAACGGGCUACAGAUAUAAUGAUAGCGGGCAAAGUUGCUGUGGUGGCGGGGUUUGGAGAUGUUGGUAAAGGAUGUGCUCAGUCUUUGAGGGCGUUCGGAGCAAGAAUUAUAGUCACAGAGGUGGAUCCUAUUGCCGCCCUACAAGCAGCGAUGGAAGGAUACAAGGUAACGACAAUGGCAGAAGCUGUGAAGGAGGGGCACAUAUUUGUCACAGCAACUGGUUGUAUCAAUAUCAUCACGGAAGAACAUCUUCUUAAUAUGAAACCAAUGGCUAUCCUCUGUAAUAUUGGUCACUUCGACGUGGAGGUUGAUUGGAAAUACAUCAAAAACAAUUGCGACAUCAUUCAAAUCAACAGCAACUGUGACCUGUGUCAACUCCCGAACGGAAACAAAGUGGUGGUGCUGGGAAAAGGAAGGAUCGUGAAUCUAACAUGUGCUCAGGGACACCCCAGUUUCGUCAUGAGCACUUCCUUUACUAACCAAGUGUUGGCUCAGGUUGAGCUGUGGACGAAGACGUACUCCCCAGGAGUCCACCUCCUGCCCCGGAUCCAAGACGAGGAGGUUGCCAGGUGCCACCUUGAAAAGCUGGGGAUCAGUCUGGAUACUCUCUCUUCGGAACAAGCAGCCUACAUUAACAUCGACCCAAACGGGCCCUACAAGCCUGAUUAUUAUCGAUACUGAGUUGUUAAAGUUGUUUUUAAUCGUAGAGUUCUAAUGGUUAUGGUUUUAUUAAAUAACUGAUGUUAUUUGUUAAUUUAGAAUGAAUAGGUAUUAUAGUAAGAAACGUUAGUCAUUGCAGAAUGCAGAUAUUAAUAGAUACAAUUAAUAAACGUUAGCAGAAAAAAAAUGAUUAAGGUUUGAAAAUUAAGUAGAAAUUCAAAGCAUGGCUAGUAUAGAAAUCACAAAGGGUGCUGCAGAUUUAUUAUCACGAGCUAACAAACUUUGUAGUAGUGCGUUUAGUUUAUAUUUGGUAGCAGUUUUGAUUAAAAUAUUGUAAUAAUUUGAUAUUUUGUAAAUUAAUAAGAUAUUCUCUAGAAUUGAUAUCAUGAUGCGAGUAUAUUGGUACCCUGACCCGAAUUAAUAAAUGAAAGAAUUGUACUCAGUGACCGAUUUUGUAAUGUUUACACUUCAUUUUG